GGGUUUCCUCAAGCCACCUAAUGAAUUGUCUGGGAGCCACUUUGGAUCAAACACUGCGUUUCACAUUCACAUUUCUACAAAUGUAAUACAAAAUAAAUAUAAUAAAUACUCUCUUCGUAUUUGAUCUGUAACCUCAUGUAGUCAAAUGUUUAAGUACUUCACCCAUCAUUGCUAAACAGGCGAGAAAGAGUUGAUUUUUAUGUAUGCAUUUAUAUAUACACAUCCAGUCCCUUCAGAUCGCGUCUGUAUGCAGACAGCUCUGUAAAAGGCAGGGUUUGGUUUGGUGCCAUCCACAGAACAUAGUGCCAGUUUUGUUUCCAAGGGGCACAAAGUCUUUUAUUAAAGCACAAAAGCAGACCAUGGCCGCAGAAGAGCAGCCUCCCACGUACGGCCCAGAGGCAGAUUCCCAACAGGAGGCCGUGCAGUCACAGCUGGGACAUUAUUGCCCCAGUAAGAGCGCUCUGGUGUCUCAUAAAAAACAAACGGCUGCUUACAGCAAGACUAUGUUCCCCGGACCACAACUAAAAGACAGAAAACUAUGGAUCCGGGCUGUGCAGGCCCAAGACACGGCGAUGCUUCGGAGCGGCACCAACCCCUCCCGCCUCCCGCCAUGCCUCGCUCCGUGCCGGCCGAGCGCUGCGCGUUGGGAGCUGUAGUCCCGCCUGCGGCCCCGUUUCCCUUCUCUCUUCGGGCCGAAGGGCGCGGCGCCUGCGCCCGGCCCCGUCCCGUCCGUGUCGCGCUGUGCCGGCGGGCGGCCUCGCUCGUCCCGCUCGGAGAUGCAGCGUGUGCUACGCCGGCUGCUCCCCGCGCUCUGCUCGGCCUGCUCUGCGGCUCUUUUCGCCCCGCGCAACCGUCCCAUGGCGCUGCGGCCGGCAGCGGCAGAGGCGGGGGGUGGCGAAGAGCCGAUCGUCGCAACCGGUUCGACCCCAACGCACGAUGGGCUGGAAAAUAUGCAGCAAAAGAAGGAAAUUGUUGAAGGAAAUAAAAAAAGGACACGAGAGGAAGAAAAGCCAUGUCCUCAUGCUGAUUCAGAAGAUUCUCUGAUGGCAGAAAUGCCAUUUGCCGGCAUAGAUACUGAAGAUGAAUUUGCUAUGCAUACAGCCUCUGAAAUAAACAUGGAAAAGAAAAGGAAGAGGGCUACCGGAAAGGAAAUUCCAGAAGGCAGUGAGAGAAAGAAGAAAAAGAAAAAGCAAUAUCAGCCAAAUUAUUUCAUUUCUCUUCCAAUUACUAAUCCAGAGAUUGCUGCCAACGUUCGGGCUGUCCAAGACGCAAUAAUACAGAAGGAUGAGAGGCUUUCCAAAGCAAUGGUUCACUGUGGUUCAUUGCACGUCACAAUGUUAGUGAUGCAUUUAUCCAGCAAAGAAGAAAUUAGCAUAGCAGUUGGUGCUCUUUCUGACAGCAAGGAUUCCAUAGAAGAUCUCCUAAAAGGAAAAACUGUGGAUUUGUCUUUUCAAGGAGUUGAUCAUUUCAAAAAUGAAGUUGGAUUUGUGCAGUUGGCAGAAAAUGAUCAUAAAGCUCUACUUCUGGAAAUAGCAGAGACUAUGAGGAAGAUAUUUCAAGAAAAGGGCAUCUUGGCAGGAGAAGAAAGAGCUUUUAAGCCCCAUCUGACCUUUAUGAAGUUGUCAAAAUCAACACAACUACGUAAGCAGGUGAAAAAAAUUGACUCGAGCCUUUACGAAGAUUAUAAAAGCCAUUAUUUUGGAGCUGAAAUCCUGCAUCGCUUUGAUCUUUGCUCUAUGUUGAAAAAGAAGCAACCCAACGGCUACUACUACUGUGAGUCCUCUGUUUUUCUUGGUGAAAAGCACGCGGCAGAGCCGGAUGACGCAGAGCUCGUGAGCCUCAGCAAAAGGCUGGUGGAGAAUGCAGUGCUCAAGGCUGUACAGCAGUAUUUAGAAGAAACGCAAAACAAAGCCAGACAGACUGAUGGGAGCCCUGUGAAAGCUGAGGAAGCUGCUAGUGGCACUAAGAAUGAGAGCAACAAUGACACCAGCAAGAAAGAGCCACGAAGCAGACUUAGUAAAGGAAGCUUUGCACAGAGAAACACAGGCCCUGUUAUCCAGGCUGAGUCAAAUAAAGGAGCUGUUAUCCACUGCCGAGGUCCGCAUGAAAAUUAGAAAAGAACUGUUUGAAGAUGGGCACAACCAUAACAAUAAACAGAAAAGAAGUUCUAUCAACUCUGAAUCUCCAAAUGAGUGACUGUAAAUUGCUGUGAUAUAAGACCUCAUCAGGUUGUUUGAAGAUGAGAAGUAUUUUCCUUUCUUUUCAUCUCUUUUUUUUUUUUAACUGAAAAUACAAAUGGGUGUAAACGACUCAUGCGGAAUAAUGCUGAAGUACUUGCACACAAGGAUUGCAGUUCAUCGUUAAAUACAACCACUCCCCAGCACUGCUUUGAAACUCACUUUGAAUGUGCAGAUAUACAUCAUAGUUCCAAAGUGGAAAACUACUGGUUUCAAAUAAAUCUGAACAAACACUGUGCCCUUCCUUUAUCAUUGCAGAUACUUCAGACUUUUCUCAUACAUGUGGAUAUUUAAAAAGAAAUGGAUGCUUUUAAAUACUUUAAAAUGUGUAUUUGAAACAAGGUCUUUUAAUUCUCUGCCUUUUAUAUAUAUACCGGCGUUUUGGGUUGGCACUGUCUAUUUGUAAUUUUUAUUAAACAGCACUUGAAUACGUGUCUAGAUGCUGAUAGGCUGUUUCUGCAGAUGUUUACACUACCACAAGAAUGUUUUAAAUUUCAGAAUAAAAUUCAGGCUCCACUAAUGUCAAGGGCAAACUUGCUGGCUUUAAUGGAGUCAGGAUGCUGCAAUUAAGAUCUUCUGAAGAUAAUAAUGUUCCUUGGGAUGAUAUUUGCCUUUUUUUUUUUUUUUUUUUUUUUUUUUGUAGAACAGUGUUUUAUGUAUCGGGGUUGUGAUGUUUCCUCCAUCUCUGCCUUCUGCUGCCUGGGGUUGCGUGUCCAUUUGCUCUCAUUAUUCCUCCCAUACACCUGCAAGAUUCAGAAAAGCUUUGGAUGUACAAUAUAGGAGUAGGUCCAAUAUUUACAUUUUUAUAAACAUUGUUUAAAAUUGCCUCUGAUGACAAAAGCUAUUUAAUACAUGUAGCGAUUGGUAUUGGUUUUGUGCUGCUAAAACAGCUGUGUGCAUAUUCUUCAUUGAUCUCAAGCACUGAUCAUUUAUCUCAUGUUUCAUGGCUUGCAUUUUUCCUCUCACUGAGUAUAUAACAAUAUAUUCUGAGAUGUCGUGCGUUUCUCAAACCAUGCUCACAAUAAAGUAUUUCUUCCUUGGUA